ACCUGUUUUGACACUUCCUGACACGAUGGCAAUUCCACAAGUGCAGAAAGUCCUCUACUGAAAUUGUCAUCAAAAGGAGUAAUUAACGUUUAUUUUAAGUUAAUAAUUAGAUCCGUAUGCAGAAAACUCUUCGUGGAUGUUGAUUUAAAUCCUCGAGAGUGAAUUCCGAAAAAUGCUGACCAAAUUCGAGACAAAAUCUGCUCGAGUUAAAGGACUCUCCUUUCAUCCAAAACGCCCAUGGGUUCUUGCCAGCUUGCACAAUGGUGUCAUCCAACUCUGGGACUAUCGAAUGUGCACCCUCCUCGAUAAAUUUGACGAGCACGAUGGCCCAGUUCGUGGUAUAUGCUUCCACAAUCAGCAACCUCUCUUCGUGUCCGGCGGCGACGACUACAAGAUCAAAGUCUGGAAUUACAAACAGCGAAGAUGUAUUUUCACUCUACUAGGUCACCUGGACUAUAUCCGAACAACCGUUUUCCACCACGAGUAUCCAUGGAUCCUGAGUGCCUCCGACGAUCAGACAAUCCGGAUUUGGAACUGGCAAAGUCGCACCUGCAUUUGUGUCCUGACCGGACACAAUCACUACGUGAUGCAAGCUCAGUUCCAUCCCUCGGAAGACAUCAUCGUCUCGGCAUCCCUUGAUCAGACAGUUCGCGUCUGGGACAUAUCCGGACUUCGUAAAAAAAACGUUGCCCCGGGACCCGGUGGACUCGAGGAUCAUCUGAAAAAUCCGGGUGCCACAGAUCUCUUCGGCCAAGCCGACGCUCUGGUUAAACACGUUUUGGAAGGACACGAUCGUGGAGUGAACUGGGCCAGUUUUCAUCCAACCUUGCCCCUGAUCGUUUCUGGUGCCGACGAUCGUCAGAUAAAAAUCUGGCGAAUGAACGACUUAAAGGCGUGGGAGGUGGACGUUUGUCGAGGACAUUACAACAACGUCUCUUGCGUUUUGUUCCAUCCAAGACAGGACAUUAUUUUGUCCAACUCGGAAGACAAGAGUAUCAGAGUUUGGGACAUGACAAAACGAACAUGUCUGCACACAUUUCGACGUGAGCAUGAGCGAUUCUGGGUUUUGGCGGCUCAUCCUUCCCUAAAUUUGUUUGCUGCCGGACAUGAUUCGGGAAUGAUUAUUUUCAAAUUGGAGAGAGAACGGCCGGCUUAUGCAGUUUGCGGAAAUAUUCUCUUCUACGUGAAGGAACGCUUUCUGCGAAAAUUGGAUUUUACAACCUCGAAGGAUGUUUCGAUAAUGCAAAUUCGCGGAGGUGGGAAAAUUCCGCCGUACAGUAUGUCGUAUAAUCAGGCGGAAAAUGCGGUUCUGAUUUGCACGAGGAAUGCAUCUAAUAUUGAGAGCAGCACCUAUGAUCUUUAUAUGAUUCCACGGGAUGGGGACUCGAGUUCUGAUGCGGAUACCAAAAGGGCCUCUGGAAUCACUGCUAUCUGGGUUGCGAGAAACAGAUUUGCUGUUUUGGACAGAGCAUAUACUCUGGUGAUCAAGAAUCUCAAGAACGAGGUGACGAAAAAAGUACAAAUUCCAAACUGUGACGAGAUCUUUUACGCCGGAACCGGAAUGCUACUUUUACGCGACGCCGAUCAAGUGAUCCUCUUUGACGUCCAGCAGAAAAGGACCCUGGCUGAGGUGAAAAUUUCGAAAUGCCGAUACGUCGUUUGGUCGGCGGACAUGUCCUAUGUGGCUCUCCUGGCCAAGCAUUCCGUCAACAUCUGCAAUCGUCGUCUCGAGUCGCUCUGCUGCAUCCACGAGAAUACAAGAGUGAAGUCCGGCUCCUGGGAUGAGUCAGGCGUCUUUAUCUACACGACGAGCAAUCACAUCAAGUACGCGAUCAACAAUGGCGAUCACGGAAUUAUACGGACCCUGGAUUUGCCGAUUUACGUGACGAAAGUGAAGGGCAACCAAGUCUACUGCCUCGAUCGGGAAUGCCGGCCGCGAAUUUUGCGAAUAGAUCCGACCGAGUACAAAUUCAAACUGGCGCUGAUCAAUCGAAAGUAUGAGGAAGUUUUGCACAUGGUGCGUACGGCAAAUCUCGUUGGUCAGUCGAUUAUUGCCUAUCUCCAGCAGAAAGGAUAUCCCGAGGUGGCAUUGCACUUUGUCAAGGACGAGAAGACGCGAUUUGGCUUGGCUCUGGAAUGCGGGAAUAUUGAGGUGGCACUUGAAGCGGCCAGGUCACUCGAUCAGAAAACUUGCUGGGAGAGUUUGGCGAAUGCGGCUCUUCUCCAGGGCAAUCACCAGGUUGUGGAGAUGUGCUAUCAGCGAACGAAGAACUUUGAGAAGCUGGCCUUUCUUUAUCUCAUCACUGGGAAUCUGGACAAGUUGAGGAAAAUGACGAAGAUUGCGGAAAUACGAAAGGACGUUUCGGGACAGUAUCAGGGUAGUCUUCUCCUGGGAGAUAUUUAUGAACGGGCAAAGAUUCUCAAGAACUCUGGUCAGUCAUCCCUUGCAUACGUGACAGAAAAAAUUCACGGAAUCGCGAACGAGGACGACGACAUCCUCUACGAGUCGAUGAAGGAUGAACUCGUGGACCUGGAGGAAGGAGCAAUCUACCUUUGUCCUCCAGUUCCUGUCCAACAAGCCGAGAACAACUGGCCCCUAUUGACCGUUUCCAAAGGAUUCUUCGAGGGUGCAAUGAUGUCUCGAGGCAAGACUCAAGUCUCGGCAGCCCUGGCGCCAGCCGAGGAAGACGAAAAUGUCGUUGAGGGAUGGGGAAAUGAUGACGAGCUCGGUAUGGAUGAAGAGGACGCCGAGGACGCAAAAAGCGUCAACGAGGGCGAAGAGUCGGCCGGUUGGGAAGUCGAGGAUGUGGAUCUGCCGCCGGAACUUGAAGCCACCAAUGCGUCCACCGACGAAGGCUAUUAUGCCCCGCCAACAAAAGGCGUUCCGCCCGUUCAACACUGGGUCAACAAUUCCAAACUCCCCGUUGAUCAUGUCCUCGCCGGCUCCUUCAAAACGGCCUCAACCCUCCUCUACGAGCAAGUGGGAAUUGUUAACUUCCAACCCUAUCAGCCACUCUUCAUGAGCACUUUUGCCCGCUCGCGUACCUCCUAUUCUCUCCUGCCCAGCAUUCCCUCGCUCUACAAUUAUCCCUUGAGAAACUGGAAGGAAGCGACGCUCAAGACAGGAUUGCCGGCUGUGGGUUUGCGACUUGCAGAUCUCGUCCAGAGACUUCAGGCCUGCUACCAGUUGACGACGAGUGGUAAAUUUGUCGAAGCGACCGAGAAACUUCAGGGGAUUCUUUUGAGUGUGCCGUUUUUAGUGGUGGAUACGAGGCAGGACAUUGCCGAGGCUCAGCAGUUGAUUCAGAUUUGCCGGGAGUAUAUUCUGGGCCUGAAGAUGGAAACGGAGAGGAAGAGUUUGCCGAAGGCCAGUUUAGCGGAGCAGAAGAGGGUUUGCGAGAUGGCGGCAUAUUUUACGCAUUGCAAUUUACAACCUGUACAUCAAAUUUUGACUCUUCGGACUGCCGUGAAUAUGUUCUUCAAGCUGAAGAAUUUCAAGACGGCGGCGUCGUUUGCGAGGAGGCUUCUGGAAUUGGGACCAAGGGCGGAAGUCGCUCAACAAGUUAGAAAGAUAUUGCAGGCCUGCGACAAGACUCCAGUUGACGAACACGAAUUGGCUUAUGACGAGCAUAAUCCGUUUACGCUCUGCGCUGGAACUUACACGCCAAUUUAUCGUGGAAGUCCUGAAACAAAAUGCCCUCUUUGUGGAGCAACUUAUCAGCCCCAAUUCAACGAUUUGCUCUGCAAAGUUUGUGAUGUUUCGCAAAUUGGCAAACAGUGCACUGGACUGAAGAUAAGUGCACUGCAAUUCCGAUAAAUAGUUUAUUUAAAUAAUUUCGUUACUUAUCCACAGCAUAAUUUGUUAAGCGAUUAAUAUUUUUAUUACUUAUAGUUCUAGCCUUGCAUUUAAUGAGUAAUAUCAUCAAGUAUUUGUACAGCCCACACAAUGAGCUUUUAAAAAUAUUAAUAGAAGUGAUGUUUUUCUUUUUUAUCUUCGUUCAGCCAAUAAAGUGCUGCAUUUUGAAAAAUUUUAUUCAACACUGCGUGGGAACGAGUGCAGUUUUUAGUUCCGAGAGUAAAUUGUAAUUAUGCGAAUGUUAUAGAAGAAUGAAAUUUGUAAUGAAUUUCUCUUUCGGAAGGAAAGAGAUGAAUAAAAGAAAUGUUUAAAAUGUACAAAAAA